AAUUCAAAAUAUAAGUGAAUGAAUAACAUUUAAAAACAAACUAAAAAACAGGCGAAUCUUUUACAUACGACCCGUCGAUCAAAGGUCCCAUCAAAAACAGGAGUUGCACUGAUAUCCUCUUCUUAAUUGCUUUCAUCGCUUUUAUCGUCGGUUGGAUAGUAAUUGCUAUUUUGGGCUUUAUUAAUGGAAAUCCCGAACAAUUAAUAUUCCCAACCGAUACAUAUGGUGGCAUAUGUGGGCGCGGAGAGCAUAAAGAUAAGCCUUAUUUAUUUUUCUUCAAUUUGUUGAAAUGCACCAAAAAGCUCGACAAAAAUAUUUUCGACCGAUGCGAUACACCCCAGGUGUGUGUCUCUCACUGUCCGAACCAAACAUUUUCAUUAUUUCAAGUGAGAGAUUUGAGCGCCGAUUACCAGAAGUCAAUGAUUUGCAAAUAUAACUCAGAGAUUCCGAGAAAUGAUAACUUUCAUCGACUCAUACAAGAAGACAAAUGCGCCGGAAUUUACUUCAAGAGCGAACCGUUUGGCGGCCGAUGUAUACCAUCGCUGCUCUCAAUGUACGGUAAGGAUGUGAUCGACGAGAAGAAUACGGGAAAGAUGUUAAUGGAUAAUAAAAAUGAUGUCAUCAAUUUGGAUAUAAUUAAACAAACAAAUCAGGGUUUGGCGCUGGCAAUGGUCAUAUCGUUUGUAUGGAUUCUGUGUAUGCAAUGGUUCGCUCAAUCCAUGAUCUGGUUCUCUAUAUUAGCGGUUGUGAUCCUUAACUCCUAUGGACUCUAUUAUUCUCUCAAUCGCUAUAAUAUAUUGUCAGUCAAUACGACCGAUAGUAUAAACACUUCAGCAAUUGUUGCACAAAAAUAUGAUUUCCGGAAAUCAAUGGACACAGAUUUGGAUUCAUACCUAACAAAUCAAAAGACUUGGUUUGCAUUCACCAUAAUCUGCGCUAUAGUCCUAUUUGUCUUAAUAUUAGUGUUACUAUAUCUGCGAAAGCGGAUUAAAUUAGCCAUUGCUUUGAUCGAAGAAGCGAGUCGGGCCGUCUCUUGUGUGAAAUCGUCGCUAUUCUUUCCGAUUGUUCCCUAUAUAAUGCAAUUAAUGGUAAUUUGUUUUUGGGGUUCAGUGGCUAUUUUGAUAACAGCAUCGGCACGACCUAAAUAUCAUGAUCCACACACUGGUCAAGAGUGUACUCCUCAUAAUUCGGAUCAAACGAGUAGCUCAACUAAUAAUACACAGAAAUGUAUUUUUGCAAAAUAUUACGAGGAUAACGUUAUAUUUGCGGCUCAAGUAUACAAUCUAUUUGGUCUUCUGUGGGGCCUAUUCUUUAUAGUAGGAGUCGGUCAAGUGAGUCUUGCGGGUGCUUUUGCCUCGUAUUACUGGGUAUUCAAAAAACCCGAAGGAGUGCCAUAUUUUGCCGUUUUUGGUGGCUUUUAUCGCUGUUUACGAUAUCAUUCCGGUUCUGUUGCGUUCGGAUCACUACUUAUAGCAACGGUUCGCUUCAUUAGAAUAGUCAUUGAAUAUAUUGAUAAAAAAUGCAAAAAAUAUGCCAAUAAUUUCUUUGCAAAAGCGGUUAUCUGUUGUCGGUGUUUCUUCUGGUUAUUGGAGUCGUUUAUGAAAUUUAUUAAUAAAAACGCAUACAUAAUGAUCGCGAUCUAUGGUAAAGGCUUUUGCACGUCAGCCUCCAAUGGAUUUUACCUUAUAUUUAGAAACGCCACCAGAGCUGUAGUGUUGGACAAAGUGACAGAUCUAUUGCUAAUAAUAGGCAAACUGACGGUCACAUCGAUGGUUGCCGUCCUAUCUUUCUAUGUGUUCACUCAAAAGUUUGAUUUCAUUGAAAUUCCUAAUCUACACUAUUAUUGGGUUCCUAUUGUUGUCAUAACGUUUGGCACUUAUCUCAUUGCCAGCAGUUUUUUCAGUGUAUAUCAUAUGGCAGUCGACACACUAUUCCUCUGUUUCCAUUGCGAACGAAAUGAUGGCUCACAAGAGAAACCCUAUUAUAUGUCCAAAAAUUUGAUGAAACUUUUGGGUAAAACGAAGAAAACG